AUGGAUUCUGGCUCAAAUUCGUACCAGUAUAAUCUAGGCUCUUUUCAUCGUAAAGUCACGACCUCGAAUGCAAGUGCGCAGUCGUGGUUUAACCGUGGUCUGAUAUGGAGCUAUGCGUUUCAUCAUGAAGAGUCAGCUCGAUGUUUCGAGCGGGCAAUCGAAGCAGACCCACAUUGCGCAAUGGCUUACUGGGGACUUGCCUUUGCUCUCGGACCAAACUACAAUAAGCCUUGGGACCUUUUCGACGAGAACGAAUUGAAAGCAACCUUGGAGAAUAUCACUGCCGCGAAUGCGAAAGCAAAAGAGACAGCAUCUGGGUCGACGGAGCUGGAGAAGGCUCUCAUCGAUGCAAUACAGAUUCGUGUGCCUAAGGGACUGGAUGAGGUCGCAUUUCGGACAUGUAACGAGGCCUAUGCGGAGGCCAUGAAACGUGUUUACGGGAAGUUCCCGGAAGACCUUGAUGUCACAUCUCUCUAUGCCGACUCAAUCAUGAACUUGUCAGCAUGGGAUCUUUGGGACUUGAAAACAGGUGAACCAACCCCUGGAGCCCGGUCGUUGGAAGCCAAAGCGAUUCUAGAGAAAGCACUCAAACAGGAAGGCGUGUACAAACACCCAAGUAUCCUCCACCUGUACAUCCAUCUCAUGGAAAUGUCGAAGACGCCAGAGGUGGCAUUGAUCGCCGCAGACCACCUUCGGAGCUUGAUUCCCGACGCAGGCCAUCUGGUACACAUGCCGUCGCACCUCGACAUCCUUGUAGGCGACUAUAGACGUGCUAUUGCUUCCAAUGCGGAUGCGUGUCUAGCGGACGAGAAAUACCUUGGCGAACACGGAGGCGACAACUUCUACUCUUUCUACCGCAUGCAUGACUACCACUCGUUGAUCUACGCCGCUAUGUUUGCAGGUCAGUCGAAGGUCGCUUUGGAGGCAGUGGACCGUAUGGAAGCAUCACUUCCGGAAUCACUUCUUCGGAUUGAGAGUCCACCUAUGGCCGACUGGUUAGAAAGCUUCGCAUCAGUACGAGUUCAUGUCUUGGUUCGUUUCGGUCGCUGGAAAGAUAUAAUUGCUCUCGAUAUGCCAGAUGACAAAGAUUUAUACAGUGUUACAACCGCGAUGUAUCACUAUGGGAAAGGAGUUGCAUACGCAGCUACUGGGGAUACCAAUAAUGCACAGAUACAACGCGACUCAUUAAGCGAGGCGGUCAGUCGCAUCCCAUCAUCCCGAAUAUGCGGCGACUUCCCCAACCGGUCAAACGUCGUGCUUAAAGUUGGCCUUGCAAUGCUAGACGGCGAGCUGGAAUAUCGCAAGGGCAACUUCGAUCUUGCCUUCAAGCACCUAGAAACUGCAAUUGAACGAGACGACGCACUCACGUAUGCGGAACCAUGGCCCUGGAUGCAGCCCACCCGACAUGCAUAUGCUGCUCUGCUGAUGGAGCAAGGUCGCGUGGAGGAUGCCGCAGCUGCUCACAGGGCGGAUCUGGGAUUCGACAACACUCUGCCAAGGGCAAGACAGCAUCCUAAUAAUGUCUGGGCUCUGCAUGGCUAUCACGAAUGUUUAACCAAGCUUGGCAAAAAAGAUGAGGCGGAUAUAGUAGAUCAGCAGCUGAGACUGGCUCAAGCCGUAGCCGAUGUUGACGUUAAGGCGAGCUGUUAUUGUCGAGGCACCGGAAGCUUGACCUGCACGUAA